AUGGCGUCUUUCGAACUAGAUGUCGAUGCAGAGCUGAAAGCCCACUCUUUUACUCGCAGAGCACACCGUGACGUCUAUCCUGCUAUCGACCCUCGUCGUCCUGAGCUUUCUCAAGCUGGAAAGGUUGUUGUCGUCACUGGUGCUUCCCGCGGAAUCGGCAAAUUGGGCUUCGCGGUUUCAUUCGCCCAAGCCAAUGCUGCUGCCAUUGUAUUGAUUGGCCGGUCAGCGGAAGACUUGGCUGAGACUGAGAAGCUCGUCAACAGCAUCAACUCGGGCACGAGAGUUCUAUCCAUUCCCCUUGAUGUUACCGAUACGGCUGGCGUGACUAAAGCAUUCGAGGACAUUGUUGCUCGCUUUGGAGCACCCCACAUUCUCAUCAACAAUGCUGGCUACAUUAACCCACUUGCCUCUAUCGCCGAUGUCGAUGUGGAUUUAUGGUGGAGAACCCAGGAAGUCAACGUCAAAGGAACAUUCCUCAUGACCAAGGCCUUUCUCAAGGCCACUCAGGACGCCCCAGCUGGCAGAACUAUUAUCAACAUGGCUUCGAUGGCCGCACAAGGAAUGCCCCCUGGCAUGAGCUCAUACUCUCCUUCCAAGAUAGCAGUGUGCAAGUUUACAGCCUUUACCGCCGAAGAGAAUCCUGAGAUUACUGUCGUCAGUCUGGAUCCGGGACUCGUUGCUACGGAUAUGGGACAUAGUGUGCCAUAUCUAGCCGGGUUCUUGCAUGAUACUCCGGAAUUAUCCGGGGGUAUUGCGGUUUGGCUGGCUACUGGCGACAAGAAGUUUUUGAGCGCCCGAUACGUCGCUGCAAACUGGAAUGUAGAAGAGCUCGAGAGCAGAAAGGAGGAGAUUAAUGGUGGCAACUUGCUGACCUUUGGGUUGAAAGGGGAAUUUGGAAUUUCGGGUGUUAUUGUUGAAGGGCGGAAACAGUAG